AUGAGCACAGACUGGCCCCCUCCUGUGGCUGCACAACUGUGCUAUGAGAACCUGAAUGGAUCCUGUGUUAAAACUUUAUACUCGCCUGGCCCCCGGGUGAUUCUGUACUUGUUGUUUGGCUCUGGGGCUGUGCUAGCUGUGCUUGGAAACCUCCUGGUGAUGAUCUCUAUUCUUCAUUUCAAGCAGCUGCACUCUCCAGCUAAUUUCUUGAUCGCAUCCCUGGCCUGCGCUGAUUUCUUGGUGGGAAUGACAGUGAUGCCCUUCAGCACAGUGAGAUCUGUGGAGAGCUGCUGGUACUUUGGGGAGACCUACUGUAAAUUUCACUCUUGUUUUGAAGGGUCAUUCUGUUAUGCUUCUAUCUACCACUUGUGCUUUAUUUCUGUCGAUAGAUACAUUGCUGUCACCGAUCCUCUGAUCUAUCCAACCAGGUUUACAGCAUCUGUUUCUGGCAUAUGUAUUGUUUUCUCCUGGCUUCUUUCAAUUAUUUAUAGUUUUUCCCUUCUUUGCUCAGGUGUGCAUGAAACUGGGUUGGAGGAAUUAGUAAGUGCUCUCUCCUGUGUGGGAGGCUGUCAAAUUGCAAUUAAUUCAAAUUGGGUAUUUGUGAAUUUUGUUUUAUUUUUCAUCCCCAUGCUAGUGAUGAUAAUUGUUUAUGCCAAGAUUUUUCUCAUAGUUAAACAACAAGCUAGGAAAAUUGAAAGUAUGAGCAAUGAGGCUGAGAAAUCAUCAGACAGUUACAAAGACAGAGUGGCCAAAAGGGAGAGAAAAGCAGCUAAAACGCUAGGAAUUGCUGUGAUAGCUUUUCUGAUUUCAUGGUUACCCUACUUUAUUGAUACAAUAAUUGAUGCCUUCCUAGGUUUCAUCACACCCACAUACAUUUAUGAAAUAUUAGUUUGGUUUGCUUAUUAUAACUCAGCGAUGAACCCCUUGAUUUAUGCUUUCUUUUAUCCUUGGUUUCGAAAAGCCAUCAAACUAAUCAUCACUGGCAAAGUUUUGAGAGAGAAUUCUUCAACAACAAAUUUAUUUUCUGAUUGA